UUGUGUCCGUUCAGCAUCCAUCCAACAAGGCCGUCCACCUCGAGCAGGGCGAGUAAAGGCGCGUGCGCAGAGAAAGGAGUGAAGAGCGGCAGGCCCCAGCCCAUAAUUCCCACUCUCAGCAGCCAGAUCAAGGACAGACAGAGCAGCAAGCUCUCAAUGGGCAUGGGCAUGGGCAUGGCUUCUCCCCUGCUUUCCUGCGCCAUCAUGGCGCUCCUGGCCUCCGUGCUCCCCUCGCCGUCCGUCGCCGGCGACCCCGACCUGCUGCAGGACAUCUGCGUCGCCGACCUCACCUCCGGGGUGAAGGUGAAUGGGUUCGCCUGCAAGGCCACGGUGAGCGAGGACGACUUCUACUUCAAGGGUCUGGGCGCCGCCGGGAACACAAACACGACGUACGGCUCCGUGGUGACCGGCGCCAACGUGGAGAAGGUGCCCGGCCUCAACACCCUCGGCGUCUCCAUGGCGCGCAUCGACUACGCGCCCGGCGGGCUCAACGCGCCGCACACCCACCCGCGCGCCACCGAGAUGGUCUUCGUCCUCCAGGGCGCGCUCGACGUCGGCUUCAUCACCACCGGCAACAAGCUCGUCUCCAAGACCAUAGCCGCCGGCGACGUCUUCGUCUUUCCGCGCGGCCUCGUCCACUUCCAGAAGAACAACGGCGACGGCCCCGCCUCCGUCAUCUCCGCCUUCAACAGCCAGUUCCCCGGCACGCAGUCCCUCGCCAUGACGCUUUUCGCGGCCACGCCGGCGGUGCCUGACCAUGUGCUCACGGCGGCGUUCCAGGUCGGCACCAAGGAGGUGCAGAAGAUCAAGUCCAGGCUUGCCCCGAAAAAGGCUUGACUAAACAAUGCUAAGUACUCCUAUGAUGUUUCCUUCGAGUAACAUGAUUCAGUCCCUGAUUUGUAUUUCUGCUCACUUUUACUUGCGUUGCUUUCCUAUCUUCUUGAUUUGUUGGAUCCUCAUUGUGUAAUGCUACCCUGCAGCAGCAAGUACAAAAGCUGGUGGGUGCUGCUUGCAAUGUAAUAAUAAGAUCAACUCAUUUGUUCGUUCAAAA